GAUGCACUUCUAUCUCGGAACGAAGACUAUUGGAGAGAGAGCGAUAAGGCGGGAAGAGCUCGCUGGCUGCCACACAAUGCUGCAACAGCUUGCGGGGCAUUGCCGGGACCCGGCUUCGAUUGAAGCAUGUGGAGGCAAAAGAUUGACUUGAGCGAUCGUCGCAUCAUGAGCAUGUUUGGCCGUGUCUGGGCUUCAGCGUUUAUGCGGCAUGGCUUGGAACACAUGCAGAGCUUAGUCGGCUUUGUGUGUCUGGCGCUGGCGUCUGGGUUCUGGUAUUAUUACAUAUAUAUACAUACAUGGCUGUACGAAUACACGGCUAAGUUCGCCUGGGCAAGUCGUAAGCGACUUGCGCUGUGGUAGUGACUUCAAGGAAUGCAUUCGAUUGAUCUUGA